UCUCCCAGUGAGUCAGCGGGUGAGGCUGAUGAGGAGGUGCAGGAUGCUGCUGAAGCUCCUCCAGUGUUCACCAGCCAAAAAUCUUCUGCUUCUGUGACGUCGACGGAGCCAACAGGCACAGACUCCCAAUCUGUUGUGAGUUUGAAUGUUAGUGAAGAGCUUUCUAGCGCCUUGUCAGAGGAAGAAGAAGAAGAAGAAGAAGAAGAGGAGGAGUCUGAUCAGGAGGAGGAAGAGGAGGAGGAGGAAGAAGAGGAAGAGGAAGAGGACUCUGGUAGUGAGGUGGAGAUCAUUGAGGAGGUCCAGGGUAAUGGGAGGCUGCCACCGCUCCAACCCACUUCAGUCUUUGUACAACAAGAACACACAAACUUCCUGCCAAGUCUGUCGGAACAGGAGGCUGCGCAGUUCUCUCUGAUCGAGCCCGGUGCAGAGAUAAAGAUGUUAGAGGAGGACAUGGAGGGUGAGGUGGUGAUGGUGAGACUCGGUGAAGAUGAAGGAUUAGAUGUUGUUGAGGACGAAGAGCAAGGAACAUCAUACAUGGAGCUCAAACCCUCGACCACUCUCCUCGUACCACUGGAGCUUGUGGGGGGGCAAGGCCUGGUCGAUGGCUCUCAGCUGUGUCUUCCUGGGCUUCAGCAGACCCUUGUGCCAGAUGAGCCGAGGACCGAAGCUAACGGCAGCUUCUCUCUGAUGCUGGAUAUGGACGAUGAUUCAGACACGCUGCCAAUGGAGAACGAUCUGCAGUGCUCUGACCCUCCCUCCCUGUCUCCAGCAGUGGAGGCUCUUGACAAACCUGAGGUCAUUAUUUUGGACACAGAUGAUCAGGAUCCUCCUGGGUCUGGAGAAAUCUCUGAAGAGGACCAGGGCAAAGAGGUGGAUACUUUAGAUGGCAUUGAGCUAGAUGAGACGACAGAGUCAGAACUUGCUGACCUACAAACUGAAAACACCGCGGAAAACCUUGAGACAGAAGAUGCUGAAGUACAGAGUGAUGAAGAGGUAGUAAUGGUGGUUGAAGAUCAUGAAACUGCAGGCCUUUCAAUGUCAGAACCAGAUCCAGUGGGAGAAUCUUCAGCAGAAAUGCUAGUUGAAGAUCAGGAACAGGAAGGACGCUCAGUCUCUGGGCCAAGUCCAGUGGGAGAACUUCCAGCACAAAUGCUGGCUGAAGAUAAUGAACCCGAAAGUCUUUCCGACUCUGGACCAAUUCCAGUGGAAGAGCCUACAGCAGGAAUACUGGCUGCUGAAGAAGAUCAAGAACCUGAAGUCAUUUCAUUGUCUGAACCAAGUCCAGUGGAAGAACCCACAGCAGAAAUACUGGCUGCUGAAGAAGAUCAAGAACCCGAAGUCAUUUCAUUGUCUGAACCAAGUCCAGUGGAGGAGCCUACAGCAGAAAUACUGGUUGAAGAAGAUCAAGAACCUGAAGUCCUUCCGUUGUCUGAACCAAGUCCAGUGGAGGAGCCCUCAGCAGAAAUGCCUGCUGAAGAAGAUCAAGAACCUGAAAGUCUUUCCGACUCAGAACCGAAUGUACUGGAAGUCAUCCCACCAGUUGUGGAGGACAAAGACUCAAUGGCAGAGCAAAAUGCUAAUCGGGAGAUGGGAGAGGAGAAGGAAGAACCAGCAUCUGCAGGAGUUGUGAUCUCAAAUAGCCAGCCAGAGGAACAGCCUGUGCUCGAGGCCCCAUCUUCCCAGAGGAAAAAGAAGGCUCCUUCCACGCCAACACGGAGGACAACAAGAGGGAGGACGAUUGCCUUUACCGUUCCCCUCCAAGAGGAAGCAGAGGAGGAACUAGCCAGCACCCAGUUUCCUGCGUCUCCUAGUCGUAAAAGUAACCAGAGCAAAGCCCAAUUUACCACACCUCGAAGAAGUUCUCGUAACGCUAAGCCAGAGCCUCCAAAAGAAGAUGUUAAAGAGGAGAUCGCCAUGGAUACUGACAAAACAACGACUUCACCAGCCAGACGUCGGGUUUCCCAGAAGGCCACCUCAAUAAGGAACAGCAAAAAGAUCGAAAGUGGUGAUGAGGAGGAAAUAGAAGACGUCACAGAUGCUAAAGUUUAUCGGCGAACAAGCUCCAAGACUCCGACACCGGCCAAACGCAGGACCACUCGGGUAAACACUCCAACGAGGUCCAGCAGAAGGAUAUUGAGUAGCAGUGAGGUGGAGUCGGCAACAUUGGAGAUCUUGGAAGAACAGAAGGAACCGGUGGAGGUCUUUGCAACUCCGGCCAAACGCAACUCCAGGAAAAGCAAGACGACAUCAUCAGAAAUGCAGACGGCACUGCUGGAGGAGGAGGAGGAAGAUGUAAAAAGAUCUUCCAGUCUUGGCAGGGCGACCCGACAGUCCAACCGCAUUACCCUGAGCGUUUAUCCACAAGUGAAACUGGUUCCUCUAUUUAUUCCUCAGAGUUCAAGGAAGACGAUAAGAGAGACGAUUACUGAUAAUAUCAAAGAAAGUGGAGAUCUACUGGAGCCUGAAGUAAACAGCAAAACUAGUCGCUCCAACUCUCGUCGAUCUACAAGAACCAAGCUCUGGGAUUACCCAGAGGAAGACCAUCCCUUACUGGACUCCCCUCUGGAGGUGUAUUCAGAGACGCCUGUGGCAGACGCCCUCCUCAAGAGACUGCAGGAUGAGAAGGAGAAGCAGGAAGGUAUGUGUGAGGAUACA